CCCACCAGGCCACACCCUCGCCCGCUCGCGCGUCCUCCGACCCCCAGGCUGCGGCCCGGGACCCAGGCUGAGCUCCGUGAUGUGGCCCUUCGGUUGCCUGUGUGUCUUCAUCCUGGUUGGCCUGGUUGCGCCCAGCAGAGGACAGACAUUGCACAAUCCUGAAUCCCGUUCUGCGGUAGACCUGACUACUGAAAACACGCCUGCUGGGAACCAUGUUACAGAUACAACUGCCCGAGACUUUACAACCAUGCUGAUGGCGCCGGCUGAAGUAGAAGCAACCAGAAGCCACACAAAGCUGGAGACUGAGGGAAUGGAGCCGCAGGCUGGGACAGGGAUUGUCACCGCGACGACGCAGGCACCCGCGGGGACAGUGACGGAGUCAGACAAGCACGGGACCAGUGAGAGAGGCACCCCAACAUUCUCAGAGGAUCAGUCAGCAGGCAAACAAUUCUGGACGCACCCCCGGACUCCUAAGCCACGGGGUGCAGACGAGUUCGACCCCUUUUUUUAUGAUGAAGGCACGCUCCGGAAGCGGGGUCUGUUGGUGGCAGCUGUGUUGUUUGUCACAGGCAUCAUUAUCCUCACCAGUGGCAAGUGCAGGCAGAUGUCCCGGCUUUGCCGGCACAGAGCCUACAGUGUGGUCCGCACCAGACGCCCGGAGCAGGAAGAUGGCGGUGCUGGGAACCAAGCCUGCAGCUGACAGUCACCUUCUCUUCUUCGUCCUCCUCCUCCUCCUCCUCCUCCUCCGGCCUCCCCAGCCCCAGCGCGGUCCCUCACCUUGUCUCCCUGUUCAGACGAAAAAUAAUAAAGUUUGGCCAGGCA